AUGACUGCCGGCGAAUGCAAAUGGCUAGCCCGUCUCAGCCGCCUGCCUCCGCUCUGCCGCCGGCUGCGGGCGGAGGCCCCGGGAGCCGCUGCCGCCCGACCUGACGAACCGCCCGCGGCAGGGCCGGCGCCUCCUCCCGCGCCCCCGCGCGCCGCCGGGACCCCGGACCCCCCGCCCGGCGCGGGCUUUGAGGGCCGCGGGGGAGGUUGUCGACAUCUGAGAAUUGAGGUCAGGAGGAUAGCAAAUAAUUCCUUUGGUUUUGCAAAUAAUUUGAAGCUCGUGGAACUGCUUGCACAAAAACAGAUGUAUUUCGACCUCAUCUCUGUGAGUCGUAGACCACACAAUCCAGAACGACAGCCCUCUAAUUUGGUACCUCGGGUCUCCUCAGAUCCCUGUUUUCAUGACACGUCCCAGCAGUCCAGGCCAACCCAGGGUGCGAGGAGCGUCCCUGACAAGGUGCUUCUCCCCCACACUCCCAUUCAGCACAAGAAGGGACAAACAGAAGAGCACAGCUACAAGGCAUCGCUGGCCAUCAUGUCACCCUCACGACAUUCGGAGCGCACCGGCUUCGCCCCAGCCUCGCCGCGACCCCGGGGCGUUCGCCGCCCCCCCCGUACCCCCAGGCCUCGUCGCCUCCAGGCCGGGCGGCACGUCGUCGCCCUCUCUCCGGCCGGCCGGCGGGGCCGGGGGCCGCAGCGCCGCGAGCAUCUUGCAGAACAAAGACUCAGGUCUAGACGGGGCAGCGCCGCCGCCGCCGCCGCCGCCGCUGCCGCCGCCUCCUCCCCCGGCUGCGGCUCCCGCGCGGCCGACCCCGACCCAACCAUCCCCAAACCCACCAGAACGGCGGAGUUGCGGCUCCACGCGCGCUCCCAAACCCAGCGGGGCCCCAGGAGACCACCGAGCCCGGAGGCCCGCGGUGGGGACGUCGCUAUUCAAAGCUCCCCCCGCCCCUCCGACACCAAACCCACCCUCCGAGGCCCCUCUGCAUUUUUAUGUUUUAUUAUUGUUUUUCAAGCAGCCAGAGUCGUCAUUUUCACAUUGGGAAGGGAGCCUCGUGGUGCCCACGUUGGCAGCAGGUGGGGCAGGGGAGAGGGCGCUGCAGGUUUGUGCUGUAAAUCGCUGUCUUUUUGCGGCCGUUGUUCCCACUCGCCACCCACCGCCCCCCUCCACCCGGGUUUUCUUUUUUUUUUUCUCUCUCUCUCUCUCUUUCUUUCCGCAGCGCAGUUGCUAUGGGUUACCAGGGCGGUUGCCAUGGGUUACCGGACCGAGGCCGGCUGGCUCGCUACCUGCCACCCAGUCGCCGCCGCAGCCGCCGCCGGCGGAGCGCCCGGGCGGGAGGAGGCGGGAGCGCGCGUGUACGGGACGCGGCGCGGGGGAGUGUGCGCGGGCCGCCGAGGCGCCGCAGCCAACGGGCGGCCGAGGGUGCAGCGGCGGGAGCGCCACCGCCAGUGGGGUGGGGGCAAAGCUAUAAAGAAGACCCAGAGAAGUCCUUGGAAUUUUGGAGAAAGAGAAAAUGAUCAUUACCAGAGUUGGCGCAGCUGAAAUAAAUGACUGUCCAAGGCAGUGUUCAUAACAAUGAUCCAGAAAAGUUUCCAACAAGAGUGAACAGCAAUUGUGUCUGACUUAAAGGGACAAUGGUGACUCGUUUGUGAGAUGCAUACGGCAAAGAACAGAGUCAAAAUCCUUAGUAAAUAUUUCAAAUUUUAAAAUGUUGCUUACCUACAUCCUUCUAAAAUUUUUGAAUUCCCUCUAUUAAAAUGUAUUUCUUAUGACCUUUAUUUGCAAAGAAAA